AUGUCCGUAGGGCAGGAGAAAGCAGUGGCUCUUCUUCGGGUGAAACUGGCAAAUGCUGAAAGGGAUGUGGUUGGAAACGGGAAGAUCAAGAAGAAGCAGCAGGAUGUGGUUAGAUUUCUGGAAGCCAACAAGAUAGAGUUUGAGGAGGUGGACAUCACCAUGUCAGAAGAACAGAGGCAGUGGAUGUACAAAAACGUCCCUCCUGAGAAGAAGCCUGCGCAGGGCAACCCGCUGCCACCUCAGAUAUUUAAUGGGGACCGAUACUGUGGGGACUAUGACAGUUUUUUUGAGUCGAAGGAAAGCAACACAGUCUUUUCAUUCUUAGGCCUGAAGCCACGACCCGCAUCCACGACUGAACCCUAGAGAUGAACGAACAGUCGAAGGUGUUGGAGUUGCAUUUUGGAGCACCCCUGGUACUCAACACACACCUGCUUACCUGAUGCAUCCAUCACUGUGACGAAGCCACGCGCACAAUCAGUAACUUUGCCUGACCCGGGAAGGGUGUUUUUGGAGGACA